AUGCACAAUACCAUUAUCCGAACUGAUGAUUUCACACAAACUUCUCGUUUAACCGAUGAAAUUGUUGUUAUUGAUGAAACUCGGAUGAUUCGUGAUCCACAACGUGGUUGGACGUCAACACAUACUGUAUUUGGUUUAGGAGCAAACCUGUGUGGACAAGCAUCGAAGGAAAAAGUAGCCGAAGAAUUAAUGACGAUGACAGAAGAUGAUUUCGAAAUUUGA